AUGCCUACAAAACAAUCUUCACAACCAAGGAACUUUACUGGCAUAUAUCUCGGAUUGGAAGGUAAUGUCAAUCCACCAAAACAAAGAAGUGGUAUUCCACCAUUAGUUAGACCAAGAGGAACUCAAUCCUUUAAAGUACGAACCCCAGUAGAAGAGAGACGCUAUGCCCCAGCAUUAUAUCAUGAAAAGAAGCAAAUGGUAGAAUUGAUUAGAAUAAAGGAAGAGAAGAGAGGAUUUGUUGGUCAGCCUCUUAAGAAAAGUGAAGUAAAUAACAACAAGAGACCAGUUACUACAUCACCGACAGCUUCACCAAGAAGAUGGGGACCUGCUCGACGUACUAACUCACUGAAAUUUAAUGAAAGAAUCAGGACAAAUCCAAGAAAUUUUACACCAAUAUUAAACAGUGGAGUAACAAGAUCUGAGAAUUUAACAGGAUUUGCAAGUUAUUCUCUAUCUAAUCCUGAUAUACGACAGGUACAUAUUGAUGAUAUAUCUGGGGAUUUCAGUAAACUAGGUGUGGUACCUGACAAUAUAUCUACUGUUGGUGAUCAAUAUAAUAGACUUUAUGAGGUAUGUGAUGUAGAGAGUGAUAUAGGAUAUAAUCUAUUACCAAGAAGAACACCACCACCUUCCCGUUGUCAUGGCAAUAAUUCUUAUACAACAGGCUUUUCUAUAAGCCGAGAAGACAUUGUGCAAUCUCACAUAAGUAAUAACUAG